AUGGAGGACAGGCCUACCACACCCGACUCGAGUGCACCCGAGAGGCCGACAGGCGGGACACAUCCCAAUGGUCGCACCGAGAGCACGCUGCCGGCGUCACCAGCGCCCACAGACUUCCCCAGGGCCUCCCACCAUGUCCCGCCUAGUCUACGCAUCCGAGAUCGAAUUGCUCGCAAGAAGCGAGCACUGCUGCCCAUGCAGUGGCAGCAGUCCUAUAGCCUCUACACCAGCAUGUGGUUCGCUUCCCACUUCGCGGUCAUCUACACUCUGGGUCGCCUGGCCAUCGAUGAUAUCCCGACCGGUGCUGCACGGAGGCACGUAGACAACUUCUUCAGCCCUCAGGAUUGCGUGGAGUUUAUGAGGUUUACGCGAGACCAGAUCGUACUCAUGCUGGAACUGCUCAUGGUGCCUGCCAUCAUUCGGACAGAGUGUGGCUUUGUGGUGGGCGGACGAGAGGCUCUUUGCGUGCUGCUGUACCGACUUGCGUUCCCGUGCUGUUUGAAGGACAUGCGUCUGGAUUUCGGCCUGAGCGAAUCCUGUAUCUGCGAGACUUUCAACUGGAUGCUACACUUCAUGGAUUUCAAGUGGGGGUUCCUCCUCUCGCUGGACGUUCAACGGCUGGUACCAAAGCUUCGUACUUUUGCGGAGGCAGUUUACAACAAAGGUUGUCCCCUGACACACUGUUGGGCCUUCAUCGACGGAACUGUGCGCGGUAUUGCAAGGCCUAUACGCAACAAGCGCUUUUUCUACAACGGGUACAAGAGGAAGCACGCUAUCAAGUUCCAAGGAGUCGUGACGCCAGACGGGCUGUUUGUUGACCUGUACGACGCAGAGGUUGGAACGACGCACGACGGCUACUUGCUUGCGGAGUCUACACUACUUGAGAAGCUACAGACCCACAUGAACAGCCCUUCAGGCCACCCGUAUUGCGUGUAUGGUGAUCCAGCGUACGGUCAGACCGAUCACAUACAGUGCCCUUUUAGUGCAUCUGUCAAUGGCCCCCUUACGCCCGCGAUGAGAAAAUUUAACAAGAGCAUGAGCCAAUGCCGAGUGACGGUCGAAUGGGGGUUCAAGGAGAUGACUAGCAAGUGGGCCUUCGUUGACAUGAAGUGCCAGCAGAAGUUCCUGCUGAGCCCUGUAGCGACGCAGUACAAGGUAGCAACACUGUUGUCAAACUUCCACUCCUGCCUGAACGGCGGCAACCAGAUUUCACAGUACUUUGGAGUAGAGCCUCCCACGCUGGAAGAGUACCUCAAGGUGUAAGCCUCAGCGGUUUGUCAAGGA